AUGGGGAGAGACGCCGUGCGCGCGGGGCGGUGGGAACGGAGCCGAGUCACUGUGUACGUCGGUUGCCGUAACAACGGGAAGUGGAGUCCAUCCGCGAUGGCCUCUAACUUUAAGAAGGCAAACAUGGCAUCAACUGCCCAGCGAAAAAGGAUGAGUCCUAAACCGGAGCUUACUGAAGAACAGAAACAGGAAAUUCGAGAAGCUUUUGAUCUCUUUGAUGCUGACGGAACUGGGACAAUUGAUGUUAAGGAACUUAAGGUGGCAAUGAGGGCACUGGGCUUUGAACCCAAGAAAGAAGAGAUCAAGAAAAUGAUAAGUGAAAUUGAUAAGGAAAGGACAGGAAAAAUGAACUUUAGCGACUUUUUGACUGUGAUGACUCAGAAAAUGUCUGAGAAAGAUACCAAAGAAGAAAUCCUGAAAGCUUUCAAGCUCUUCGAUGAUGAUGAAACUGGGAAGAUAUCGUUCAGAAAUCUAAAACGUGUGGCCAAGGAGUUGGGUGAAAACCUCACCGAUGAGGAGCUGCAGGAAAUGAUUGAUGAGGCCGAUAGAGAUGGAGAUGGAGAAGUCAAUGAGCAAGAGUUCCUGCGCAUCAUGAAGAAGACCAGCCUUUAUUGAGAUCAGUGUCAUCUUCUAUAACGCAAGCACGUGGAACUCGAUUUCGUGCCUGCUGUUGUGUGAAGCCUGGUUUUUGAGAACGUAAAUUAUUUUUCCCCCACUGAUCACUCUGUAUGACCUUAGUAAUAACUCUGAAUCUAUUUUCAACUUUUGAAAGUGUUCUUUGAAAUUGAGGUUCUUUGUAAGGUGACCUGCUGACUGCUUUAAUGCCCCAGGGCAGAACGAGAGCAUGUUAGAGUGGAGAAAAGGGUCUUUGAGCUUUUGCACACCUGCUAUCCUGCCUUGUAUCGCUUAACUCUUAUCCCACAUUCCCACAUUUAUGCCACCGCAGAACAACUUCUUCACAAGCACAUGUUGUACUUGUGUCACCACAAGCAGGGGGCAUCUCUUCAGUGGUUCCAAUUUUAGUUGGCACCUGAGUGCAGCUUUCUCUUUUAUAAAACCCGGUGAACUCUCUUACUUGCAUUUGGAUGUGUGUGGGUGUGUGUGUGCGCGCGCUAUUUGUUUUGUCUUCAAAUAAAACCUUUCUUAUUUUGA